AUGGUUAAGAAUAUGCAACGAGUCUAUGCAUCUACUUUCGAUAUUUAUACUAUCCACAACUACGUUCUCAGGAAUAAGAGCGAGGCGUCACUGGCACGCCAGCCCGGACGUCGAGUUCCCGAGUUGCGCGUGGGACAACACGUGAUGCUCGUGCGUCACCAGAGGCGUAAGUUAGAUCCUAUGAUGACUGGUCCUUUCCGAGUAUGCGGUGUUGUUACCAAGUAUUUGGUCGAACUCGAGGACAGAGACCAGAAGAAGCUGGGACGCCAUUUC